CAGCGCUGAACGACGUCGAACACUGAUCUUCAUGAAGACCAUUAACUUUGUAUUCCACGCAGCAGUUUACCUUCGAAAUAAACUUGCCCGUGAUCCUGAUCUGGACAUACGAAUCCACAUUUUUAACGCUCUCAAUGACAAGGGAUACAAUGACCAAACACUCAGCUAUUGACGCACGAAUCACCCCGCCACUCAGAUUGCUAUCGCCAUUAAUAUCCUGUCUGUUGGCAUUGAUGCGCCCACGUUCAACAAUGUCAUUGUCUAGCGUGAGCCGUUGGAUCCAGAUAAGUUGAUGCAGUACUGGGGUCGACUGCGCUUCAGUCGUGCUAAAUCCCCGCGCGCGUUUCUAUAUUUGACAUCAGCUGCUAUCAUAAAAGCUGAAGAAGCCUGUCAUUGCAGAUCGAAGCGGAGAAAGAAAGGUCAAAAUUCACGAAUCAGACAGAAUGUCUGCCGCCAUGGCCAAGCUUCUUUUAGCGCCCUGAAAAGUCGUGUACUUCAUCAGCUCUACGACAACCCAAAGGAUGAGACACCAUGCCAGUGCCUCUUCUGCGAGGUCAAUCCACGACCACAGCGAACAGAGUCUUGCAACUGCUCAGGAUAUCAGCCUGAACCUCCUGCCCAAGAUACAACCAGAGUCGCACCCCAAAAGACAAUGAGGAACCUGCCAAGCAAUAUCAUGGCUGCGAUGGUUAUUCAUGCGUUUCCCUGGACAGAAGCUGAGCAACUCUUUCAUGCACUGUCCCAGUGCAGAGCAUGCCAGACCCUUGAACAUAUUUCCAUCACCUCCUAUGAUACAGACGUUCAGCAGCCCUCAGGCAAUUCUUUGACAGCUGUCACACAUUUCCUUUGUUUCACGCAACUCUGUACCCUGCGGCUCAUGCUUCAUCACCUCAUCUUCCUUGACAAUGACCUCCUUUUGGAAGCCAUGUCAAGUUGGCCGCACAUCUGCUCGCUGGAAUUAGUAGACCGACAGAUGCACACCUAGUAAAGUAGGAAAGUGUCAGAUAGGGUGAGAAAUAGCACCGCUUU